AUGCCGGCCGUGCUGAUGUGCCCACAACCUGCACUGCAACCUGCAGUUGCUUUCGUUGUGAACGUGCAGGGAGGGCAGCCGAUGGCAUUUGCUCCGAACGCUGUGCCAAUCAUGGCACAGCCGAUGCAGCCGAUGCAGCCGGUGCAGCCGGUGCAGCCGGCGCAGCUGGUCCAACCAACGCCAGUGCAAGCGCCAUGCAAGGUGAACACGGAGCCGCCGAGUCCCUCCACGCCGAGCUGCUUCAGUCGAACGACGACCGCAUCAUCUCUCGAGUCUUCUUCAACGUCUUCCUUUGGACUGUCUGAAAGAUCCAUGACCCCUGUCGAGCUAUUCUCUCCAACGCCCGAAGGAGCGCGGUGCUCCAUCCGAGGCCGCGUGUGGCAGCUCUGCCAACAGCAGAACGGUUGCCGGCGUGUGCAGGAAGCCAUCGACGCAUGCAGCUCUGAUCAGGACAGACAUUCCUUGGCAUUCGAGAUGGUGGGACAUGUGUGGGAAGCGGCCCGCUGCCCGUUCGGGAACUACGUGCUUCAGAAGUUUAUCACCGUGCUUCGGCCACCCGACUGUCAGUUCAUUGUUGACGAGAUCUCUUCGCGAGGCAAGCGAGCCGCCUCGCAGUUGGCUCGUCACAGGUACGGAUGUCGCAUCAUGCAACGCCUCCUGGAGCACGUGCGACAGGAGCAGGCAAGCAGCAUGGUGGAGGGCUUGUUGGGGGAGGCGCUGCAGCUGGCCAGGCACCAGUAUGGCAACUUCGUGAUGCAGUGUGUUCUCAGCCAUGGCACACUCGCGCAGCAGCGCUCGCUCUGCUUGCUUCUCAAGCCACAGGCUUGUGAGUUGGCCAUGGACCAGAAUGCCAGUGCUGUGCUGGCAAAGGCACUGCGCCAUGUGUCUCCCGAGGACAAGGUAUGCUUGGCAAAUGGACUGUUGUCAAAGCCAGGGCUGCUCCUCGCCAUGUCCAAAAUUCGGCAUGGCCAUCAGACCACCCUGGCUCUGUUUCGCAUCUUGGAAGGAGACAUGCUCGAAUCGGCCUUGAAUGCCAUGAGGGAGAACUUUGCAUUGUUGUCCCGCUUCCGCUAUGGGCGGGUCGUGCUGAGAGGCAUCCCAGCAUUGAACGUGAUGUGCUCUGACCUGCCUCGUGAAGAAAUCCCAGAUGCUGACGACAGCUGA